AUGUAUCGACUAACAGGAAAUUACUUAGUUGCACAACAAUAUUAUGAUAAGACGCUUAAACUUGAAGAAGAAGUACUUCCGCCAAAUCAUUCAUUACUUGCUAUGAAUUAUUACAACGUGGCUACAAUAUUGGAAGGACUUUAUCAAUACGAAGAGGCUGUUACACGUAUAUCGCAAGAAGUUACUAUUAUUUCUCAUAGCAUUGAACCUAAUUAUUCACAAGCGGAAAAAUGUCAAGAAUAUCUCAAUGAACUCUUAGCUAUAAGCAGUGAUGAAAACUGUAUAGGAAAAUAG